ACCAGCGAGAGAGGGAGGCAGUGGGGCCGUGACAUCUGAAAGUUUUAAACCUGUGAUCGCUUUAGGUGAUGCAGAGCGAGCCUGGAGUUUCUUCCAACGUGUGGAAGGAAAGCCAAGUCCGCAUCACGGAUCGCUACAGUCUGGGAAGGAUUUAACUACUGCGGCGGGCCAGUCGGGUUCAAUCUUAUGUGGAAAACGGAGUCAAAGGGAGGCGAUAAAAGCUGUGGAGGAAUAUACAGACUGAAAUGCAUUUGGCAACAAGUUCCACUAUUUUCCAGAGCAGGUUGGGAGGAUAUUUAAAGGACUGAAAUGCAAAAGCUCAUCAAUUGCCACUACGGGAAGAAGUGGCCGACAGGAGAAUCUGCUGCGUGGGAAAGUGAGGGCCUCUGUAAACGUCUUGCUGUGAAAGAUCUGCUCGUGAUGGGAUUAUUCCAGCACCGGAGUUCGCCGCAGCUGCCCUGCUAACUUCACACUUCAGAUCUUUCAGACGUUUUAUUGACUUUCCAUUCUGCUCAAAGGACGAUGCGUCUCGUGCACCGACCCUGAGCGGCCCCAGCAGACCCUGCACCUUUGCUUGUGGGACCCAGUGACCAUGCUGACCGAGUGUCUGAAAGCAGAGAGAUCAGAGCCGCCGCCCACGCUCAGGACCGCCGUGGUAUCAGCAGCAACAUGUCUCAGUCGGUCAACGCCAGCUCACCUCCCGGCCAGGCGCCUGAGACUGAGCUGAGAUGGGCCGCCCUGCUCAUCGUAAUGGUCAUCAUCCCCACCAUCGGGGGAAACAUACUGGUCAUUCUUGCUGUGUCGUUGGAAAGAAAGCUGCAGAACGCCACCAACUACUUUUUGAUGUCGCUUGCCGUCGCUGACCUGCUGGUGGGACUUCUAGUGAUGCCUAUUGCACUCAUCACUGUUCUUUACAACUCUAGAUGGCCCCUUCCAGAUUUCCUCUGCCCCAUAUGGCUCUUCCUCGACGUGCUCUUCUCUACGGCGUCCAUCAUGCACCUAUGUGCCAUCUCACUGGAUCGCUACAUUGCCAUCAAGAGGCCUAUCCAACACAGCCAAUACAAAUCCAGAGCCAAAGCGCUGGCCAAGAUCGCACUGGUUUGGCUCAUCUCCAUUGGUAUUGCAAUCCCGAUCCCAAUAAAGGGGCUGAGGAACCUUCACAACAACAUCACCUUCAACAAUAACCACACAUGCCUGCUGAAACCGGACACCUUCUCAGAUUUCAUCAUCUUCGGCUCCCUGACGGCAUUCUUCAUUCCUUUGACCAUCAUGAUGAUCAUCUACCUUCUCACCGUGCAAGUGUUGCGCAAAAAGGUUUACUUGCUCCGUUCGAAGGUAACCCAGCGCUUCAGCUCCUCGCCUAUCGCCACGGUUUUCCAAAGCAACCCAGCCCUCACUUCUCCUCAAGCUGAGCAAAUGAACAUGCUGGAUGUCAGACUUUCUCGGCUGCAGGAGAAAACAACCCCAGGAAUGCUGAACGCUCAGAUGGAGAAUGAAAUAUCUUUCCGUAGAAUGUCAACGAUGGGCAAGAAGUCAAUGCAGACUCUAAGCAAUGAGCAGCGAGCCUCAAAGGUGUUGGGUAUUGUCUUCCUCCUUUUUGUCGUCAUGUGGUGCCCUUUCUUCAUAACAAACAUCACCUCUGCGCUGUGCUCCAGCUGUGUUGAGAAAGUCAUUUCCCGUCUGAUGGAGAUCUUUGUAUGGGUUGGUUACGUGUCAUCAGGAAUAAAUCCCCUUGUCUACACUCUUUUCAAUAAAACAUUCAGGGAGGCCUUUACGCGUUACAUCACCUGCAACUACAAAGGCUGCGCCAGAGACAGACAGGGACGCCCGCUUGGGUCGACCACUGCGGACUGGACCCUUACAAGCAUUUCAUUUAAAUCUUCCAUGGCAGAAAACUCCAAACUGUUCAUGAAGCGGGGAAUGAAGAACGGCAUUGGCAGAGUGGGCUACCAAAGCCCACUGAGGUGCCAUCAAGCUGUCCAGUCAGCAGGGGGGGUUCUGUUAAACACAAUUCUUUUAGCUGAAAAUGAAGACUUUAAGCAGGAAGAACAUGUAAGUUGUGUAUAAAUAGAAAGAGGAACUAAGUUAAACGUGAUCACUUUUAAUGUGCAGAUUAAAUCUCAGAGACAAAGGCUUGCCCAAUAUUAUGAAGUCAGAGUGACAUAAUGAUGCCUCAGAGGUGUAAAAAAUCCACAGUGCCUUGCUCAGGUGUUACUACCCCUUUUAACGUGCAGAAAUGUUCACGUUAAAACCAAGAAUAAUGCAUUUUAAUUUGAGUUUAGGGCAGAUUCACGACCGUUACCUUUGCUCUGCUUAAAAUGAACAAAGGUAGUUUCCUGCUUGGGUUUGACCUUAUGAGCAUCUCAAAAAAAUUUGCUUAAAAACCACAAAAUUGAACCAAGACCCACUUUAAGGUGGUCUUUGUCCGCUACCUAACAGACAUUGGUGCAGUUCAAUCCUGGUUCAUAUCUGAUCUACACACAUCGUAGUUCACCUCCAUUUCCAGGUCUGUGCUCUGUCUGCCCUUCUCUCUGUCUUCUCUGUCUAACGGGAGCAAUGAUCAUCACACGGCUUUGUUCCAAGUUAUUGUUCACUUACAAACAGUGCAAUGUGAAAGCAAACCCUACCAGAAGAAAAGGAUAAAGUCCACUUUUAGUCUGGACAAUAAAAUUGGAAGAAAGGACCUCCUGGAUUGGAUGCAACCAAAUAAAGAAAAAGGAUAUUUUUCAAAUAAAAAUAUCUGCUCUGUGGGCCAUUCUUACACAUAUGCUUCAUAGGUUUCCUGUUUACACAGUAUUUUGCAUGUAAGCGUAGAAAUACGUUUUACUGCUCAUUAGCAGAGCACCUUCUCCACAUGGUUGUGUCGUCACCUGCAUAAUGUGCAGCAAACCUUUGACGAAACAUCCGCGUUUUAUGUUCUUUGCUCUAAAAGUUGUUCUGUCAGUUGUUCUCCAACUUGUGGUAGAUAGUGAUAAUUUGGGGACAUGCCGUCACUUCUCUCAUCAACACUUUCCUUACCUAUACUGUCAUUUAGGGUAGAAAGCCUUGUUUUGUUCCUCGGGCCAUUUUCCUUAAGAUGGAUUUUUUUCCACAGUUGUUAUGGCUAUCAUUUCCUUAAACUUUACAAUAAUCCAAUACUUACUUUCAAAUUAUAUUAAGAUCAAGAACACAGUGCCAAGUUGAAAUCUGACAAAAAAAAAAGCCAAGCCAUUCUACCUUGUUUAUACCCAUUUUUCCUUAAAUCAGUAAAUUAACGCUGGAUUUCGGAUUGUAGCUUGUCGAUAUACGUGAGGAGUUUCAGUUUCGAGACAGCAUUUCAGAGAAGAGCUAAAAUAAAACAUAAACCAGGUUCCCUGAUUGAGCCAAAUGUGUUGAACAGAAACCCGAUCUGACAAAUUCAGGCCAAACAAUUCGACAACUUGGAAAAUCUGAGUGCUGUAUCCGACAACAUAAUCCAUUGCUUUCGAAAUAUGUUGUGAAACUUCUUCGAAGAUCACAUGCAUAGUUUUAAACUAUGACUUUUUUUUAACAGGGUAAAUGUCCUACACUCUUAAGGAGGUAUUUUUUUAAACUUUGCUGAAUGAGUUGUUUUGUAUGAGUAAUGCAGCCUGCUGGUUUAACAAUAUCAGAUAUUCAGAAUAUCAGUAUGUACAUACGGAUGAACAAAGAGUACAAAUGGAAACCUGAAUGUUCUCAAUAAAAUACUUUGUUCUGACCAGAGAUAAAUGCAAUUCUAGGCUUUGUUUUUUUUCUUCCCAAGGAUAAAAUCUUUUUAAAAUCUGAAGGGGGAAAAAAAAAUUACACAACUGCAACUUUCCAUGUUCAUAUAGAUAAAUGCAUCUUUCAGGAACAAAAACAACCCAACCAUGACACCUCUAGCUUUGACCAAGUUCAGCCUAAUUAAGAGAAUUUGAUUAAAGGAUAGAGUAAUACCAGAACUAGACAGCGCUAAAGAAGCUUUCCAAUCAAAGAGUGAGAAGGGUUUAUUUUUGCUUAGGCCGCCGACUCCUUACGAGAGCUCUAUUUGUUUAUAAUGAAAAGAGAAACACUGAAGACUCAGACUUGGAGUAGACCUGAUUGCUUGGUAGCGCUCAUGCAACAAUGAGUCAUUGGGGUUGGAAAAGUGUGGACAAAAUGUAAUCUUGUGGUUCAUGAGUCUUUUUAAACAAAGGAGAUUUAUGCAGGGUUUUUCUAGCAGCACACUGAUCAUAUACCAGUUACAGCCUUUUUUGCACAGCUUUCUAUUCUUGUUAAAAAAAGGGUUUCUGUAAAUAAAGUAACUCACAGAAGUAUUCACAUUUUUAUACUUUGAUACAUAUGAUUUUUUUUUACAAGAAAAACCCCAAACUUAAUUGUGAUUUUAUGUA